AUGAGCGGUCACUUCGGGAGCCCUGGUUCGGCGAACAACCAGACCGAAAGCACGGAGCCAUUCGUCUACACCAGCAUUCGCUAUGACAAGAGGCUCGUAGACUCGGAGAAGAAUACAGCCGCAUCCUGUAACAAGCCCUGUCCCUUCUACAUGCUCGAACACCAUUGGACUCGUCUACAAAUCGCCAAAUGGAGCACCUUCUUCUUCGCAGACGACAGACCACGGCCCAAUUCUGGCGGACCCUCCAUGCUCUUUCAAGUCUUGAUGAAUGCUGUCAAGCAAUGGCACGAUAGCCACCCUGGUGAAUCGCCGGUGUCGUUGAGAAUCAAGUUUCGCCAGUAUGUAGGCGGCCGGAUGUCCACGGAAAUAUACCAUCCUAUCAAAACCAUCCCCAUGUGGUCUCUUUUCCCUGCUACCUUUGACUUACCGCCCGAGCAACGAAAAGACACCGAAUGGACCAUCGUACUAGACACCGAACCUACCGAGCCGGGAGAGAGCACCAUGUUCAAGACCAAUGAUCGAGCUACGUAUGGCCGUGCUAGAGCCGCCGCAGAUAUCAUGACGUUCGCGGUCCCCAAGGAAGUCCUGCUCUAUACCCACGAAAAGCACAUCCUGGAUGGAUCAAUCUGUACUCCCUACUUCUACCGGCGAGGCCGAUGGGUCACGCCUUCAUCCGUGGCGGGAGGAUUGCAAGGUACGACUCGACGAUGGGCGCUCGAGAACAAGCUGUGCGUCGAGGAUGUCGUGCCAAUCGAUACAAUGGUGGACGGUGAGAUCGUGUGGUUGAGUAACGCUGUCAGAGGCUACUUCUGGGCGGUCUUUCACAGUCGAGAGCCUCCCAAGGGCGAAUCGGAUGAGAAGACGGUCCCGCGGAUUCAUCGAGAGAGAUUUAUGUGA